GAGGGUAAAGCAUCUGUAGCAACUUAGGUGAAUCUCCCUUGUGGGUGCGUUUGUAUAUACAUAUUAUAUACGAGUAUUACCAGUACUGUACACCGGCGGACACCCCACUCGGUCAGGGUGAUUUUUCUUUCACCUUCUUUCCCUUUUUUCUUUCUUUUUCUUUCCUGGCAAUUCGCUCCUCUUAUAUCUGGCUGACUCCCCCUCCCCCCCCCCCUUUCCCUUUACUCACACACACGCAUUAACCAUAACACGCGUAAAUUCGCUCUGCGGAGGAAGCGGGAGUUGGGUUUUCGUCUCUUCCAUUUCAGGCCCGGUAGUAAUACCGUACUGUGCAAACAAAAAGAGAAAAAGGUGAAGAAAACAGGCGUCUCACAUAUCUUUCAUUUAAAAAUCUAAAUACGCUCUUCUGGAUAUAUAUAUUUAAGAAGAAGUUGCUUCAUUGAAAACACCCGAGAAAGCUGCGCGGAAAAGCUGAAACGGAGAUAUAAAGCACCUGUUUGCACAGUGUUCUAUACACUGCCCCCGUGUACUUCUCAGAUAGCCGUGUCUACGGCUUGCAAAAACUACAGAAAAUCAGCAAAAGCAGAACAAAAACAAGAAAAUCCAAGCAGAGAAUUGAGUGCGGCCGCGUGUCGAAGAGAGCGUUAUCGUUUGUGGUUUUUUGUUUGUUUGCGCGUGUGUUUCUCUUUUUCCCUUCUCACGUAUCGCUCGUUUUUUUUGUGUUUUUUACUUGUUGUUGGGACGACUAUUUGCUCCGCUAUUUGUUUACUCUUCGUCGUUAAACACCAUUUCCGUCUUUCAGCUUAUGGACAACGUCCCACAUCAUCCCGCCUCUUUUCCAGGGUUUUUUUCUUUGUGACUAACACUUUUGUUCCCCAACAGCCAAAAGAACUCCUUGUUGUACCUUACCUAUUAAUUCUCUUUGCGCUUUUCGUGGUGCGUGUUUCUUUUCUUCUUUGAUUCUCCUUAAAAGAAAAAGAAGACUUGCUAUUCAUUGAGGCACACACUGGAGGUUACGUGAAUUACCUUUUCCGUUAGAAUUUCUUUCCAUCUCUCUUUCUCCCUCUCUCUCGCUAUAUAUAUAUUUAUCCCCGUGUGUGUUUUGUUCUCUGUGAUACCUCGGUGGAUGUGACGCAGGUGAUUUCCUUUAUUUCGUUUUGUUCUCUGUUUUUACGUUUUUUUUUUCUGUGUUAUCUUGUUCUUCCCUGUUCCUUCGCCAUUAAGCCUCCGGUGCGCCUCCCGCCCCAGCAAUCGCACACUUCUACCCUUGUUGUUAUUGCUGAGAUUGCGUUGGCGGCGGUUACCGGGUUUCAGCGUCACGUGACGGUUCUGUUCUGCCUCUUUCUCAUUUACUUUCUUGUUGGCCACCGACAGCGAUGGCGCAAGCACAAUAUCAACAGACGCGAGAGGGCAGCUACCACCGAUCGCGUGCCGGCGCGGCUCCAGCCCCGAUGACGUCCCCCGAGCAGACAAUCGGCAGCUACGUCAUCGGCGAAACCGUUGGCCGCGGCAGCUUCGGCAAGGUUAAAAAAGGCCGCCACAAGCAAACGAACGAGCCUGUCGCAAUUAAAAUCCUCAAUAAGCAAAAGUUGAGAACGGCGAACAUGGACCGGAAGAUUCAUCGCGAGAUCGAAAUUCUGCAACUCUUCUCCCACCCGAGCAUUUGCCGCCUCUACGAGGUGAUCUCGACCCCGACGGACAUGUACCUCAUCAUGGAGUACGUGGAGGGCGGUGAGCUGUAUGACUACAUCGUGCAAAAGGGCCGCGUGCGCGAGAGUGAGGCGCGGUACAUCUUCCAGCAGAUCGUAUGCGCCAUCGAGUACUGCCACCACUUUCGCGUGGUGCAUCGUGACUUGAAGCCGGAGAACAUCCUGCUCGGCACCGGGCUGCAAGUGAAGCUCAUCGACUUCGGCCUGUCGAACAUCAUGAAAGAUGGCGAGUUUCUUGCGACGUCGUGCGGGUCGCCGAACUACGCCGCGCCGGAGGUCAUCUCCGGCAAGCUUUACUUCGGCCCCGAGGUGGACGUGUGGUCCUGCGGGGUCAUCCUUUAUGCCCUGCUGUGCGGUUGUCUGCCCUUCGACGAGGACAGCAUCCCCGUCCUCUUCAGCAAAAUCAAGAAAGGCAAGUACACCUUCCCGCCCAACAUGCCACCCGGGCCGCGUGAGUUGAUUCAGCAAAUCCUCACCGUGGACCCGCUGGUGCGUCUGACCAUUCCGCAGAUACGCGACAACGCGUGGUUCAACCAGCGUCUGCCGAUGCGGCUGUCGUACAACGAGUCCAUCUUUAGCGUGAAGGAGGACCGCAUCAUCUCCGUCCUGGUGAGCGAGACGGCGAAGCGGCUGGGGCUGCGGGAGCGCGACGUGCGCAAGGAGCUCGAGCACGGCGCCGGCAACGCCUACGUCGCCUACAACAUUCUCAUGGACGCCCGUCGCCGGCGCGAGAUUGCCGCGGAGGUGCGGGAGCUGGGCAUGUCCGGCGACGACGCGCGUGGCGUGAACCACGUCAUUGGUCCCCAGCAGACGAAGUUCCAGCCAAAAGCGAUGGAGCGAGAGCUGAACAUGGGUCUCAUGCUCACCCAGAGCCCCGCGAUGGAGGUGCUGCUCGACGAGGCGGACGCCGCGACGAACAAGAGUGCCUACAACACCGGCAGCUUUGUGCCGGCCUCGGUGGCCACCUUUGGUGAUCCAGCCAGGGCCAGCAAGCCCGGCAGCGAUGUGGGCGGCUUCGGCGGCGGCACCGACACGGAUGGCGCCCUAGCCGUCGGCUCCUUCCGCAUCACCUCGAAGGUGCGCUCCAGCUCGUUGAUCGGCAGCGGCAGCGUAGGCUCCUCGUCGCACGUCACCGGCAGCCUGCGUGGUGGUGGUGGGGGUGGCGGUGUUGGCAGCGGCGGUGGUCUGAUGAGUGCGCCGGGCUUUAGCGGUAAUGCCAGCAGCGGCAGCUAUCGUCGUGGAGGUUUGCAAGGGGGCAGCACGGCUGCCUUGCAGCUUGGCGCUACCCUCACCGAUCAGCCUCGCGUCGGCUCGGUGGCCCGCAAACACUCCAUGUACACCGCCGAGGAGGAGCAGUUCAUCGUGGAGAACAACUUUGGGUGGCGGGUGGGGCUUAUGACGGACACCCGCGCGGAGCAAGCGCUGACGGCUAUCUACAACGUCCUGCGCGCCUUCGGGAUGGAGUGGAAGGUCGCCUCGCCCUUUCGCCUGCUCGCCCGUUCGACGGCCGCGACGUGGACGACGAUGGCGCAGCUGAGCAGCCCAACGGAGCCCGCCCGGUGCAGCGCCAUGACAGUGGCGCCCGCCGCCUCCUCCGCGCCCAUCCGCAUUGGCGGCGCCGUGCUGUCGCGCACGGCGAGCGACGACCCGGAGGGCGACGACAUCGCCGGCAGCACGCAGCGCGACGAGGAUUCCGUGCACCCACACCUCGCCCGCCCACGCCGCCCUGGCGCAGGGGGACGCAGCAGCCCCGGCGGCUACCACAGCAGCAGCCCGGUGGCACGCGGGAACUACUUUGGCGAUUUGCCAGGUGUGGAAAGCGCGACUGCCGCCUACGAGACGCCCAUCGCCAGUUCGAGCUCGAGCUCGGCGCGGCUGCCGCCGCUGGAAUCCACCGUGGAGGCGUGCUCGGCCCCGAUCCCACUGACGUCGCAGCAGGCGGGCGCGUUGUCGGUCAGCACGUCCGCACCUUCCUCGCCCCCGGCGCCGGCAAAGCCGGUGGUGCUGUCGGUCUACCUCUUCCGCAUUCACGAGCGACACGACAAGGGAUACUUGGUGGACCUGAAGGUGAUGCGAAACACCAUGAUUGGGAUGGAUUUGGUGCUGUUGAUCUCCAACGCUCUCAUCAAGCUGGUGGGCUGA